AUGCACCGAUCAUCACUGCUCUGGUUUUUCUUGUUAGUAUUGGAGCUCAGUAAAAACGUCAAUGCAUUGUAUGGACCAUCAUCACCAGUGAUUCAGCUCAAUCCUUCCAAUUUCAAGUCCAAGGUUCUGAAUUCAAAUGGUGUAGUUUUAGUUGAGUUCUUUGCACCUUGGUGCGGUCAUUGUCAAGCUCUGACACCUACAUGGGAGAAGGCUGCUACUGUCUUAAAGGGUGUUGCAACUGUAGCAGCUCUUGAUGCUGAUGCUCACCAGUCCCUUGCCCAGGAAUAUGGGAUUCAAGGAUUUCCAACUAUAAAGGUGUUUGCACCUGGGAAACCUCCUGUGGAUUACCAAGGGGCUAGGGAUGUCAAACCCAUUGUAGAAUAUGCACUCCAGCAGAUUAAGGCACUUCUAAAGGAACGAUUAAAUGGAAAAGCUGCAGGAGGAUCAAGUGAGAAAUUGGAACCUAGUGCAUCUGUAGAACUGAAUUCACGUAACUUUGAUGAGUUGGUUCUUAAAAGUAAAGAUCUUUGGAUUGUGGAAUUCUUUGCUCCUUGGUGUGGACAUUGUAAGAAGCUUGCACCUGAGUGGAAGAAGGCUGCAAAUAAGUUGAAGGGCAAGGUGAAGCUCGGUCAUGUCGACUGUGAUGCGGAGAAGUCUUUAAUGAGCAGAUUCAAUGUGAAAGGUUUCCCCACUAUCUUAGUGUUUGGCGGUGACAAAGACAGUCCUUCCCCUUAUGAAGGUGCAAGAUCUGCUUCUGCAAUUGAAUCCUUUGCAUUGGAGCAGCUAGAAGCAAACGUUUCACCUCCUGAAGUGACUGAGCUGACUGGACCGGACGUCAUGGAAGAGAAAUGCGGUUCAGCUGCCAUCUGUUUUGUUGCCUUCUUCCCUGACAUUUUGGACACCAAGGCAGAGGGAAGGAACAAGUAUCUAGAGUUGUUGUUAUCAGUUGCAGAGAAGUUCAAAUGGAGUCCAUACAGCUAUGUUUGGGCAGCUGCAGGUAAGCAACCAGAUCUUGAAAAGCAUGUACGGGUUGGUGGAUAUGGGUAUCCAGCUUUGGUAGCAAUGAAUGUGAAGAAAGGAGCAUACACAGCACUUCGGAGUGCAUUUGAGCGUGACCAGAUUGUAGAAUUUGUAAAAGAAGCUGGACAUGGGGGAAAGGGUAAUCUGCCUCUAGGGGGAACCCCUGUGAUUGUGAAGAGCGAACCCUGGGACGGUAAAGAUGGACAAAUCAUUGAAGAAGACGAGUUCUCCCUUGAUGAACUUAUGGGGGAAGAAACUGUUAGCAAGGAUGAGUUCUAAUUUCGCGGAGUAUGACACUGUGGAGGUAAAAGAAUUGAGAAUUUGGUUUACGAACGAUUUUGGUGUUAGGGCAUUGUGUUACACUUUAGAAUCACUAGAUGGUGGUUGUAUUAUAACAACUGUUUUCGUAAUCGAAAAAUUUUCUUGCAAAACAACAAUUUUCGGGUUAAUUUCAAUGUUGAAAUGUUGGAUACAGGUCGUUUUGGCAAAAUAUUUUGGUUGCAUAUGGCAAUGCAACUAAUUUUAGUUGUAGUGGUAUCAUUAGCCCAUGGAACAUGGCUUGUUUGUUUCUCAGG